AGCUCACAUGCUGCCGGAAUUACAGCCGUAGAAGAAGACGGAACAUUUUCCCCGGGCUGCUAACAACAUUAGCCACAUUUAGCUCAGAGUGUCAAAGUGUCAAUAACAUGCCUGUCUCUGUGUUUCAAAGAACCUGAGCUGGACUCGUGAAUCACAGCUGCAGGACACGCUUCCCUCUUCUCUGGUUCUCAGGUGGUUCUGGUCAGACAGGUCCAGGUCCAAGAUCAGGACAGGUACAGGACAGGUCCAGGACAGGUGGGAUGAAGGUGAAGAUCCGGCAGUGGAACGGGGUGGCCUCCUGGCUGUGGGUCGCCAAUGAUGAGAACUGUGGGAUCUGCAGGAUGCCUUUCAAUGGCUGCUGCCCGGACUGUAAAGUUCCUGGAGACGACUGCCCGCUGGUCUGGGGUCAGUGCUCCCAUUGUUUCCACAUGCACUGCAUCUUAAAGUGGCUGAACUCACAGCAGGUCCAGCAGCAGUGCCCCAUGUGCAGACAAGAGUGGAAGUUUAAAGAAUGACGACGAGUGCUGAGUGACCUGUGGAUGUUGAUGGAGGCCAUUUUUAUACCAGCUGUAAAUAAACCUGUUUUUGUAUUCUCCUUCUGAAGGACGUUUGGACCCUGUUGUUUUCUGUUGACAGAUUCAGUAUGUGGUGAUAAAUAAAAAACAUCACAUGCACUGUA